GACCCUUGACAAACACUUACUAGCCGGUCUCGCGACAAUAGCAACGAAAUGGGAAAACUUACGCUUUACGGAAUCGAUGGAAGUCCUCCAGUACGUUCGGUGCUUCUCACCUUGAACGCCUUGGGUCUGGACUUUGAGUACAAGAUCGUCAAUCUUUUCGAGAAGGAGCAGCUGAAGCCGGAGUUCCUUAAGAUGAAUCCUCUGCACACUGUUCCGACUUUAGAUGAUGAUGGUUUCUACCUGUCUGACAGUCAUGCCAUCAACUCCUACCUGGUGAGCAAGUAUGGCAAGGAUGAUUCUCUGUAUCCCAAGGAUCUGCAGAAGAGGGCCAUUGCCGAUCAGCGUCUGCACUAUGACUCCAGUGUGGUCACAUCAGCAGGAAGGGCUAUACUUUACCCGCUCUUCUGGGAGAAUAAUACGGAGAUUCCACAGGCCAGGAUCGAUGCUCUGGAGGGUGUAUAUAAAUCCCUGAAUCUAUUUCUGGAGAGUGGCGAUUAUCUGGCUGGAGAUAGCCUCACAAUUGCCGAUUUCCAUGUCGCUGCUGCCCUUACUGGCUUAGUGCUGUUCCUCCCAGUGGAUGCCACUAAGUUCCCCAAACUGGCUGCAUGGGUUCAGCGCAUCAAGGAGCUUCCCUACUACGAGGAGGCCAACGGUUCUCGUGCUGUACAAAUCAUUGAGUUCAUCAAGAGCAAGAACUUUACAAUUGUCUAAACUCUAUUUAUAUUCCCAAAAGUAAAUAAUUUAAAGUAA